AUGACGGCAACUCAGGAACCAAAAUGGGAGACGGUCAUCCUCGCGGUAUGGGAUACUGUGGGACGGAAGCUCUUGAAAGAGAAACUUAUCCAACAGAAGCUCCCCGACACUCCUCCUGACGAGAUUCACAAUAGUUUACAGCAGCUACUCAGUCCCUGGUACGACCAACUGAAAAGAGAUAACGAUAAUCUCAGCAAGGAGGCCGAUCGAAGAGAAGCCGACUUUGAAGACAAAUUGCAGAAAUCCGUAGACGAGAUAGAUAAGGCAAGAGGAGAGUCUCGGCAACACCGCGCGGAUCUCCAAAAAGCCAAAGAAGACUGCGAAGAUGCAGAAAACCGUGUCACAAAGUUGGAGAAUGAACAGAAAGCCCUCCAGAAACAGUUCGAAGAUGCAAUUAAAAAAAUCGAGAACCUUCAAGAGACCGCGAAGAACCUUGAUACAGAAAGCAAGGAACUGGUAGAAGCUAGGGAUACGUACCAAAGCGAGCGAGAUGACCUGGAACGAAACAAGGUUGAACUCGAGACGAAGGUAACAAAACUGGAAGAAGACAGCAACAAACAGAACAUCGAACUGGACCAAGCCAAAAAGGAACUCAACCGAAAAGAAGUAGAAGUUCGUGACUUGGAAGAAGAGAAAACCCGAAAUCUACAACGCAUUGCAGACAUGCAAAGAUCGCCUUCGGCAUCACCUACAAAACCGACAGAGUCACUGGCGCACGAGAAUGCCGGCCUUGAGUUCGACCCAGAUAAGAGCGAGUCGGAAGAAGAGACUGUCGACCCACAAGCAGAUGAAGCCAGAGUUGAGCAGCUCAAAAAACUGGAGACCAAGAUCGCAGGGCUUCAACCGCGGAUCAACGAGCUUGAAACUGAGAAAACCAAGCUUCAGGAGGAACUAGACAAGAACAAAGAGCUGGAGACCACGAACGCAGGGCUUCCAUCGCAAAUCGCUAGGCUUGAAACUGAGAAAACCAAGCUUCGGGAUGGACUAAUCCAGAAGAACAAAGACCUGGAAGACCAAACUAACUCAGCCAAGGCAGCAUACGAUGCCAAGGUCAACGAGCUGGACGGCGUCCAAGACAAGCUCCAAACGUUGACCGACCAAUUCGAUACGAACAAGGAGGAGCUCAACGCGCUGCAAACAAAAAGCGCGGAAGAUAUCGAAGAGAAGAACAAGCAAAUAGAUCAGCUAAACAAGGCUCUCGCAAAGCCAUCUGAGGAAAUGACCUCAGCUGUGAAAGAACGCGACACCAAGAAAUCCGAACUUGAGCGAAUCGUAGCAGAAAAGGAACAGCUAGAGAAAGAUCACGACUCCGCCAGACAAGCGCUUGAGAAGAACCACAAGGAUUGCACCCAAGAGCUGGAAGCCAAAAACGAGGAAAUGGACGAGGCCAAAGCCGACUUGAAGAAAGCCAAAGCCGAUUUGGACGAAGCCAAAGCCGACUUGAAGAAAGCUAAAGCCGACUUGGACAAAAGCGACAAGGCAUUCAGCGAGUCCGACUCCGACAGAAGCAACCUGCAGACCCUCCAUGAGAACGAAAAGUCAAUGCGAGAGAUGUUUGAGAAACUGCAGAAGGAGACAGCCGAACAGCUCGACAAGACGGAGAAGGAACUCGCAAAGACGACCGAGACGAUCGAUAAGCUCGCAAAGGAGAAAGCUUCCUUGGAGGAGCAGCUCGCGCAAUGCGAGAAGAACAACAAAUCCACCGACGAGGAGAAGGAGCCGAAUGAGGACAACGAGAAGCUCCGAAAGGACCUCCAGAAACUCCAGGAUGAUUUGAACGACAAGGAGACCGCCCUAAAACAAGCCAAGGAAGACCUCAAGGAUGCGCAGCAGGGUUCGACGAAGAACAACAAUCACAGUGCGCUCUUGAAUGACAUCAAGAAACUGAAAAGGCAGAUCCCCAAGCUUGAGGGCGAGCUCCACGACCUCCGGGAACAGACUAAUAAGGACAUCAAAGAUAUGGAGGAAAAGCUCAACAACGCACCCAGUGAUGCGGAACUUAUGGUGCUGAGGCAGGAGAAAGAAGGAGCAGAGACACGGGUAAAGGAGCUAGAAGACCGGGUAAAGGAGCUAGAAGAGCAGCUUGCCCACGUCAAGGAGAUGCAGGAGACAGACGCCGACAAUGCCGAGACAGACAUCGAGGAAAGAGAUGAAGAAAUCGCUGAUCUGGAGAAGCGCAACAGCGAGCUCGAGAAGAAGCUCGCCGAUUGCAAAAAGGAGGCCGACGACGAGGAAAUUAAUAAGAUAACUGAGGAACUUAAUAACGCAUUCGACAAGGAGCGCGACGAGGCGAAGAACGCGGCCAAGCAGCUCGAGGACAGAAUCAAAGAGCUCCAGCGCGACAUCGAGCGGCUCAAUGCCGAACUUGGAGAGGCGAAAGAGCGGGGCGACAAGUACGACACGCAGUAUCACACCACCCAGGACAACCUAAAUUCGCUGAUGCAGGAUCUCGCAGCCCUGAGGGUGGAGAACGAGAACCUCCGGCGGCAGGUCCUGGCCGGGUGGGCGGAGCAUGCGGAGCUCGAGAAGGCGCGGCAGCUUCUCAAGGAGUGCCAGGACAAGGCCGGCGCGCGGGCGGCGGCGCUCGCCGAGGCGGUGGACGAGGCGGCGGCGGAGCUGAACGACGGCGAGGCGUACAAGAACGCCAACGAGUCGCUCGAGGAGGACGCCAGGGCCAUCGUCGCGGCGCUGAAGGAGGUCCUGAAAAAGGCGCGUCAGGACCUGGCCGCCGCCCAGGCGCUGGUCGACGCGCGGCCCGAGGAAGUCGCCAGAGUGGCGGGGCUGGAGCAAACGAUCCGGGACCUGGAGGCCCGCAUUGAGGCGCUCGAGGCCCGCAACGUGGAGCUGGGCAGGCAGCUCGCGGAGUGCGUCGCGACCCGGGCGAGGGACGCGGAUGAUGACAACGCAGACGACCUCCUGGAGCGGGCACGGGAGCUGGCGGCCCGCUUUGCGGACACGGUCGACCUGUCGCGACAGGACCUGGAGAACCUCGAAGUCGACCUCAUCCGACUGCACAACCAGAUGCGAGGCGGUGGCAGCGGCGGUAGCGGCGGCAACGGCGGUGACGGGGACCCGGCGGCGCUCCAGCGUCAGCUCAACGACUGCAACGAGGAACGGACGAGGCUGAGAGAGAGAAUCGCCGACCUCGAGGGGCAGGUGCGGGAGAUGACCGAGUUCCUCCGCAACUACCGGAGGAAGCUGGAGGCGGACGACCUCGCGCUACGGGAGCAGAUCGAGGAACUUCAGCGGGCCAGCGGGGCCGUCCCUGGCGCUGGCGUCAACCCGGACAUGGAGAACUUGCGCCGGCGGAUCCGUAUCGCCAACCGCGAGAUCGCCAAUCUGCGCGCUCUGCUCGAGCGCGUAACCACCGAGGGCGCCUUCCUGCGCGACGUCAUCCACCGGUACGAGCACGCGCAGCAGGGCGACACCACCGGGAACCCUGCCGGCGGCGCCGGAAGCCUUAGGACCCGACUGCGCAACAUGGACUUCGCGACCAUAUUCACGUCGUUCUACUCGGCGGGCGUGGCCAUCAACGGCCUGUUCUUCGUUGCCAUGCUCGCGGUCAUCGUCUCCGAGGGCCGGCAGUUCGCGGUGUGGAAGAACGCGAACCAGGAGACGCGCGGGCUGUGGCAGGCCAGCAAGGGCCAGGCGACCGUAUGCCUGCACGCGCCGCACUUCGACUAUUUCUGGCAGACUGUCCUCGUCCUGGUCUCGGGACGGUGGGUGGUCCGCUGA